UGACAACACUGGAAUUUUCCUUGAGGUGAGAAGUGUUUGAGGCUGAAUGUACAACAUACACCAUGUGAACUGCCAUAGGACCGGCCAACUGUAAUUAAACCCUGAGUCUGACUACAAGCUGACAGCAAGAGACGCAAUCACUCCCUGAGAGUUCCAGUGACCUUUGACCCAAGUAUGGCUACCACCCAGGGGACCACCGUGCCCCCCUCCCAAUCCCCAGGUUUAGGUGUACCCACCCUGGUCACUGUAGACAUUGUGGUGCUCGUUGUCUACUUCCUCCUUGUACUGGCUGUGGGCCUCUGGUCCAUGUGGAAAACCAAGCGGAGCACGGUGGAUGGAUACUUCCUGGCAGGAAAGAGCAUGUCCUGGUGGCCGGUGGGCACCUCUCUGUUUGCCAGUAAUGUGGGUAGCGGCCACUUCAUGGGCCUGGCUGGCUCAGGAGCAGCAGCGGGCAUCAGUGCUGUGGCAUAUGAGUGGAACGGGAUGCUGAUGGUGCUGCUCUUGGGUUGGCUUUUCCUGCCCAUCUAUAUUGCUUCCGGGGUGACAACCAUGCCUGAAUACUUGCAGAAGCGAUUCGGGGGGAAGAGAAUACAAUUAUUCAUAGCUAUUUUGUAUUUAUUCAUUUACAUCUUCACAAAGAUAUCGGUGGAUAUGUAUGCUGGGGCAGUGUUUAUUCAACAGGCCCUGCAGUGGAACAUCUAUGUAGCUGUGGUGGUGCUUCUGCUCAUCACUGCUCUCUACACUGUAGCAGGUGGUCUGGCUGCAGUCAUGUACACAGACGCUGUCCAGACUGGCAUCAUGUUGAUAGGAGCACUCACCCUCAUGGGCUUUAGUUUCGCUGAGGUGGGGGGCUGGAACGCCCUCCUAGAGGGGUAUGCUACGGCCAUCCCCUCGGUCCGCGACCCCAACACCACAUGUGGCAUCCCCCGGGACGACGCCUUCCACCUGUUCCGUGACCCUGUGACCUCUGACCUGCCCUGGCCGGGCAUCCUCCUGGGCAUGUCCAUACCCUCCAUGUGGUACUGGUGCUCAGACCAGGUGAUAGUGCAGCGCUCCCUGGCUGCCAAGAACCUGCUCCAUGCUAAAGGAGGCUCCCUGCUGGCUGCCUACCUCAAGAUCCUGCCCUUCUUCAUGAUGGUCCUGCCCGGCAUGAUCAGCAGAAUACUCUACCCAGACGAGGUGGCGUGUAGUGACCCUGAGGUGUGUACUGAGGUGUGUGGGAACCCAGUGGGCUGUUCAGACAUCGCCUACGCCAAACUGGUCAUGAAGCUACUGCCUUCAGGUGAGGAAGUCUUCUUCUCUCUGUAACAUUUUGUAUAUCUCUUUCUAUCUGUCU